AUGCACUGUGGGAGGUUACUAUGUAUCCUGAGAAUAAUUGGAACCACACUUUUUGGAGUUUCUCUCCUCUUUGGAAUCACAGCUGCUUAUAUUGUUGGCUACCAAUUUUUCCAAACGGAUAAUUACUAUUUCUCUUUUGGGCUAUACGGUGCAGUUUUAGUAUCACACCUCCUCAUCCAAAGCCUGUUUGCCUUUUUGGAGCACAAGAAAAUGAAAAAAUCUCUAGAAACCCCUGUUAAGUUGAACAAAACUGUUGCUCUUUGCAUUGCUGCGUAUCAAGAAGAUCCAGGCUACUUACGGAAAUGUUUGCAAUCUGUGAGAAGGCUAACCUACCCCAGAAUUAAAGUUGUCAUGGUCAUAGAUGGAAACUCAGAAGAUGACCUUUACAUGAUGGACAUCUUCAGUGAAAUCAUGGGCAGGGACAUGUCAGCCACGUAUAUCUGGAAGAGCAACUUCCACAUGAAGGGUCCUGGUGAGAUGGAUGAGUCACAUAAAGAGAGCUCACAGCAUGUCACCCGGUUGGUCUUGUCCAACAAGAAUAUCUGCAUCAUGCAAAAAUGGGGUGGAAAAAGAGAAGUCAUGUACACGGCUUUCAGAGCACUGGGACGGAGUGUGGAUUAUGUACAGGUCUGUGAUUCAGACACCAUACUUGACCCUGCCUCAUCGGUGGAGAUGGUAAAGGUUUUAGAAGAAGAUCCCAUGGUUGGAGGUGUUGGAGGAGAUGUCCAGAUUUUAAACAAGUAUGAUUCCUGGAUCUCUUUCCUCAGCAGUGUGAGAUACUGGAUGGCUUUUAACGUAGAAAGGGCCUGUCAAUCUUAUUUUGGGUGUGUCCAGUGCAUUAGCGGACCCCUAGGAAUGUACCGAAACUCCUUACUGCAGGAAUUUGUGGAAGACUGGUACAAUCAAGAAUUUAUGGGCAGCCAUUGUAGUUUUGGAGAUGACAGGCACCUAACGAACCGAGUGCUGAGUCUGGGCUAUGCAACGAAAUACACAGCUCGAUCCAAGUGCCUUACUGAAACACCUAAGGAAUAUCUCAGAUGGUUAAACCAGCAGACCCGUUGGAGCAAGUCCUACUUCCGAGAGUGGCUGUACAAUGCAAUGUGGUUCCACAAACAUCACCUGUGGAUGACCUAUGAAGCCGUCAUCACUGGGUUCUUCCCUUUCUUUCUCAUUGCCACAGUAAUCCAGCUCUUCUACAGGGGUAAAACUUGGAACAUACUCCUCUUCUUGUUAACUGUCCAAUUAGUGGGUCUCAUAAAGUCAUCUUUUGCCAGCUGCCUUAGAGGAAACACCGUCAUGGUCUUCAUGUCCCUCUACUCAGUGUUAUACAUGUCAAGUUUACUUCCCGCCAAGAUGUUUGCAAUUGCAACAAUUAACAAAGCUGGGUGGGGUACUUCUGGAAGGAAGACCAUUGUUGUUAAUUUCAUAGGACUCAUCCCCGUAACAGUUUGGUUCACCAUCCUCCUGGGUGGUGUGGUUUUCACCAUUUAUAUGGAAUCUAAAAAGCCAUUCUCAGCAUCGAAACAGACAGUUGUAAUUGUAGGAACAUUGCUGUAUGUAUGCUAUUGGGUCCUGUUUUUGACACUGUAUGUGGUUGUCAUCAAGAAGUGUGGCAGGCGGAGGAAAGGACCACAGUACAGCAUGGCGCUUGAUGUAUGA